AUGCAGAUCCAGGUCUUGCUCCUGCUCUCCAGGGCCUUUCUCCUACUCUCUGGGGCUUGGGCAGGUGAGAUCAUCGGGGGGCAUGAAGCCAAGCCCCACUCCAGGCCCUACAUGGCCUAUCUGCAAUCACAAGAAGGAGCCAAUUACAGUGGCUGUGGCGGGUUCCUGGUGUCGGAGAACUUUGUGCUGACGGCCGCUCACUGCCAGGGAGACAGCAUCACUGUCGUCCUGGGAGCCCACAACAUCGAGCAACGGGAACCGAGGCAGCAAGUGAUCCGAGUGCGACGGCAGAUCCCCCACCCACAGUACAACAGGGAGACUUUAAAAAAUGACAUCAUGCUGCUGCAGCUGCAGCGCAAAGUACGGCGGGAUGGAUAUGUCAAUGUCAUCUCCCUGCCCUCAGCCAACCAGCGAGUGCCUCCCGAGUCCCAUUGCAGUGUCGCCGGCUGGGGCCGCACACAUGCAGACAGUGAGUGGGUCUCCGACACGCUCCAAGAGGUGGAGCUGGACGUGGUGGAGGAUGAGUUGUGUGAGGAGUACCACCACUAUAACGCCACCACCAUGAUGUGUGGGGGAGACCCAGAGGAGGGCAAAAGUUCAUUCCAGGGCGACUCUGGGGGGCCCCUGGUGUGUGGGAAAACAGCCCAGGGCCUCGUCUCUAGAGGAUCUGAUGAUGGAACCCCCCCAGCAGUGUACACCCGGAAGACCAUGAGGAGGCCAUGA